CUACCGCACAGAUCAUUUAAUGGAUUUUACCUAGGCACAGAUCACAGAUCAAGAAAAUCUCGAGCCGCCUCUAUCCUAUCGUAGAUCGGAUCUCUUACUAUUGUCGCAAUUCACGAUUUCCACCAUCAUCAUCACCGUCACCGUCACCGUCACCGCCGCCGUCAAUAGUCUACUGGCAUUCCUGCAAAACAUGACGGGAAAAGAAUGGUCUAAGAUUAUAUGAUUUUCUUCAGCUUCGAAUCGCGCGCCUUUGGUGCUUUUAAAAUUCCGACCGCUGGGUCUCGAUAAUGCCUGAGCACCCUGAGCACCUCGACCCGUCUGAACAUGAUACUUUGAGACUGCUCUCACGAUCUCCGCAUCCAUAUCAUCGCCAGAACUCAGACCUACUCGAUCCAUCCGAUCUAUCCGAUCCUUUCACAUACAAAUCCUCCACAAGACACAAUCUUGAUGCGCCGUCUGCAUUGCGCAAUACCUCGAGAGAAAUCACGCCAAGUAGCGAUAGUGGCACCGAGGCCGACGAUGAACACUUCCUCAAAGGUUUACCGGCCCCGAAAAGGUUGCGAAAGGGAUUGAGAGGAUGCAAUGAGGCUUUGUCCGGGACUGCCACCCCGAUACCCUCCCCCGCUCUCCUCGAGGAAGAAGGUCGAAAAUUGUCUUGUAGCUUGAAAAAGGAACCCCAUCAAGGCAAAAGGCCCAACAGCCCCGCCGAUAGAGUACGGAGGAGAAAGGAGAUCAUCCGUCGCUCUACUGAGUUUUUCAUCAUCGUUUUUCUCGGUCUUAUGCUUCAUACCAAUGCCCGUGUUCAGUCUAUCCUGCACAAAUGGCAUCCAGAACUCUUCACAUGGUUAGGUGUGUCCGCCUUUUUAGCAUUUCUUUACCCUUUGCGACUAGUGGUAUGGGCAUACUGCCACCGGACGCCCUCGAAGAAGAUACCAAUCUAUAUAUCGCCCUCUUUCGACCCAGCACCUCUCUUCUACCCACCUGCUAUAACCCUCCUUGUCUCAUUGCUUCUUGCGGUUGAUAAUGAAGCAAUACUGUUACCGAACAUAAUACUCGCCAUCUGCUCUUUACCGCCGAGCCUAAUACCCACCAUUGCAAAUAUCGACCCAGGGUACGACCCCUUGCAUUGGGCACUCUCAUGCUUGCCCCUACUUUUAGGGGAAGGUUACAAGAAGUCCAGCACCUUCGGGAUGAAGAAAGACGUGCUUAGCUUCUUUCAAGCGUCUAUUUCUCUCGAAACUGCGACUUUGUUAUACCCCUUACACCGGAGUCUCUGCUCAGUCUUACAUUCCCUAACUACCACCAGUCUACUCACAGCCGAGUUACAAUUGCUAUCCAUCUCACUCGUCGGUCUCUUACUUCUGUCCUCUUCUCCGCAGGCGGUGAUCCUCAAGUCAAUGCUGUGGGUAGGAGGACUUGACAUCCUGGUCUCGUGCAGCCAUGCGAUCAAGUGGGGAAUAUCUUUAGCCCGUGUACCUAAAUGGCGCUUCAGGAGGACAGUCAUUCCGUCUAAGCCCGGCUCUACCUUUUUUUCCAACAUUAUGUCGUGGAGGAGGGUGAAACAUGACCUAUUCCAUGCGCCCGUGGACAGCUCAUCUUGCAGUUCGUGCGAAGCCUUUGACGAUCAUGAAGACAGUGACGGUCCGGGAUCUAUAGCUUCUAAAGGCCCUCUCCACGUGAACUCUAUGCGCGAUGGAGCUAACCCUGUUGUAACUGGGGAUAAUUCGCUUCUCACCGGAAAUGCAAGGCAUGGGCAUAGGACCCCAUCCAACAUUUCGGAGACGAAGGCCGGACCCGCGCCGCUCCGCCGGCACACAUUACCCAGUGUGGACAGCGCAUCGCGCAAAUCUCACACCCACACUCCAUCCGGUCGAAGGAAGCGGACGGCUUCUUAUUCCGUCCGCGCCUUCUUCUCACUUACCCAGGAACAGGCCACAGCCCGAAAAUGGGUAUACGCUGUCUAUGUUUACGUCUGUAUCAUAGGCGCUGUAUUCAUCCCGUUUCCAUAUAUCGGUAUAAAAAGAAUCGUCGCAGAAGAAGCGCUCCAUGGCUAUGAGCCCGUGGGAUGGGCAUUGGGCUAUUUAUUCGGGGAUAUACCGCGGUUUAGGUGGGAGGUCGUCAGCCACAACCUAGAACGAUGGAUAUGUCUUCCUCCGAGACCAACAGAUGAGCUCGAAUGUUUUGAUUCUAUGGGUUGGGUUGAUCGUCUUCGCCAGCUAUAUCUUGGACAGGCCAAUACCCGGCUCGUUCUAAGCGCGUAUUUUCUGGCCAUCGUCGGGAUUGGAUUGAUAGUGGUUUUCCGGCUAUCGCCCAUCUAUGAGGUGGACACGCGGCGAAAGGUCUUCCAUUUUAUGAUGGUUGUCAUGUUUCUGCCCGCAACUUACAUCGAUCCAGCGUUUGCGGCGUUAUCAUUAUCCAUCGUCCUCGCCGUGUUCCUUCUUCUUGACCUUCUUCGAGCGAGUCAACUUCCACCGUUGUCGAAGCCCCUAGCUUCCUUCCUCGCCCCGUACGUCGACGGGCGAGAUCUUCGGGGUCCGGUCGUCAUCUCUCAUAUCUUUCUCCUCAUCGGCUGCGCCAUUCCCCUGUGGCUUUCGCUAGGUUCGCUCCCGCGAGCUGGAACUAGAUUUCUAGAAGGUUGGGAGCUGCCCUCCAGAGAAGUUAGUAUGGUAUCGGGCGUCGUGUGCGUAGGCCUUGGAGAUGCAGCUGCUUCCCUGAUUGGAAGACGUUACGGACAAAGGAAAUGGCUAUGGGGUGGCGGUAAGAGUCUCGAAGGUAGCGCUGCUUUUGCUUUUGCCGUCUUCAUCGGGCUCAUCGCCGCGCGGUUAUGGCUGCUCGCUGGCGGGUGGCCUUCGACAAACGAUAAUUCGGAUUCUUGGGGCACUGCAACUCGGAAGAUGGGAACUUGUGCUGCUACCGCCAGCCUCACGGAAGCAGUCCUGACCGGUGGUAACGACAACGUCAUCGUGCCUGUGGUCCUGUGGACUUGCGUGAAGAGUCUUGGUAUUUAAGUUGCCAUCACAACACUGGAUGAGUGGCGCUAUUUGAAUGAGGCGUCUGGUCAGAUUUCCGUGUUUGCUGGGGCUUCGGGGGAACCGGUUAGAUAUCGGAUAUACCAGUCAGAUUCCGUUGACGAUUUUGAAGUGCUGCAAUGCAGAUAUGGCGUUAUAUGAUGAAUGAAGAAAGGAGAAUUGGUGGCAGGAUGAUCACGUUCCACUAAAUAAUAAUUAAUGUGAUAUACAUCGACUAGUCUAUCUAUACGUGUGAUAGCAUGCCGCCUAUGAAUAAACUACCAAGUACCUAGGUGUUA